ACUUCAUUCGGUUUCAUUCGGUUAAUCAACGUGCGCGCCGAGCAGUCCACCAUGAGCCGUUGAGCGGUUCGCGUUUUUUCAGUGUUUUUAUUUCUUCCUUUUCUCUUUAAUAUCUCCCUUUUGCUCGUGGACUCAUCGCUGUUCCCUGUUACUCAUUUGCGAAUCGAUCUCAAUCGUGGGCAUGUGUUGCGUGCAAUCCGUCUAAUUUUUCUGGAUAUACGUGAUAAACAGAACGUUAGGGUGCCGGUGAAUAGGAACAUAUUAAAAAGCCGACAAUAUGAGAAACUCAACGUUAUUGAAAUGGGCACAGAAUUCAGCGAAUAGUAAAAAUCAAACGAGCAAAAAUGGAACGAAUAGGAACUGGAUACACCCACCAGAUGCACUCCAAAAAGGUCAUAUCGCCUACUUAGUCAAGUAUUUGGGCAGCACAGAAGUGGAUCAACCCAAAGGUAUUGAAGUUGUUAAAGAAGCCAUUUGUAAAUUGAAAUUUAAUCAACAAUUAAGGAAAAGUGAAGGUACGAAGACUCCAAAAGUGGAACUCACUAUAAGCAUUGAUGGAGUUGCCAUUCAAGAACCUAAAACGAAAACUUCGUCAAAACGGAUUAUGCACCAAUAUCCACUGCAUAGAAUAUCAUACUGUGCUGAUGAUAAGGGCGAAAAAAAAUUCUUCAGCUUUAUCGCAAAAGAAGAAGGUGCCGAGAGACAUACAUGUUUCGUCUUUGUUAGCGAUAAAUUAGCUGAAGAGAUCACGUUGACAAUUGGUCAAGCAUUUGAUUUAGCUUAUAGGCGAUUCUUAGAAACAUCUGGAAAAGAUUUAGAAACACAAAGGCGUUGCAUGAUAUUACAACAAAAAAUAAAACGAUUAGAACAUGAAAAUAAUGUAUAUCGUCAGCGGUUACAAGACAUAGCUGCUAUUAAAGGAUCGGCUGACGUGUCAGCAUAUUUGUCACAACACAAUCUUCCGGAUAUCCUGCACGUGCCUGGGACUACAAAUGAAACAGUGCAAGUAAAUGGAUUGGGAAAUAAAUCUUCUCUUGGUUUAAAUAAUGAUAGCAAUGGAAAUACUUCCAAUGGCUCUCAACAACCACCUCCAGUUCCUCCAAGAAGUUUUGAAAAAACGUUUGACGAUAAUUUUAUGGGAAAUGAACCUACCCCUACACCAUCAGUUGGUACCAAAUUGGAAGGACUUUUGAUGGAUGAAUUUGAGGAAGAUUUUAAUCCUAGAGCAUAUGAAAGUGCGAUCAAUGGCUUGGCGAAUCAUCAAACGAAUCAUAAUAAUCUUCUAAAUAGUCAAGUAUCUUCGAAUUCCAAUUUUUUCUCACAAAGCAAUGGUACUACAAGUCCUCCACCAUUAUUGGCUCCACCACCAAAAGCAAAGGAUUCAAGACGUCAAAAUGGAGUAAAAGAAGAUUUAUUUGGUAGCAUUCCUUUCAAUCCCACACCACCCGUAAAUACAAAAAGUGAAUUCAAUGAUCCAUUUGAAAUGGGUGAAUUUGGAGCUACAACAACUAUUUCUAAUCCUAGCCAACAAGAAUUAGAAAAUGCGAUUGGUCUUUUAGAUAAGAAAUUACUCGAAAUGAAGGAUGGUUUUAGUAGGGGCUUAUCAAUUGAUACUGACGAUUUCUCGUUGGAAAGUUUGGAUCCACUGCGAAAUUAAAUUAAAUGUUUUUUUUUAAAGAAAAAGGCAAUUAUCAUUAUUAUAUGUAUAUUGAAAAGUAUAAAAGUCAAAAAAAUGAAUAGGCAAAUUACAUAUAUUAUAACAAAUUACAAAAAUAUACAUUUAUGGAAAACCAAAAUUAAAAUUAGUCAAUUACGUAUUAUUAUAAUUAUGCUAAUUGUAUAUUUAUCAUGAUAUUUGAUAUUUAUGAUAUGCCUAUUGAACGUUGAUAAUUUUGGUUUGAAUAUCAGGAGACUUUCAAAUAUUAAAAGUAUAAGAAAACAAAUGGUAUUGAUAUUUAUAUAAUGUAUCUUUAUUAAUAUCAUUUGUUUUUUUUUUUUUUUGUAAAAAUUUGAAUUAUUAUAACAUCUUAAGAAUAUAAUAAUACGAGAAUUUCUUAUUGCAAUUUAUCAUAAAUCAAAUGACAAAUUUUCAUAUCAAAUGUUUUUUCUUCUUUCCACAUUUAUAAAUGAAUAAAUCAACUAUUGUGCCUUUCAUUAGUAUUUAAUGGGCUAA